UUAAUUGAAGGCCCUGGAACGCUUGAGAACAUAGCCAUAUUGAUCCUUAUUGACUUGCAUUCUUCUUUCCUUCCUCGCAAAAGUGAAAUGGCGCAGCGUCAGUCUGGGUGUUGCUGGGGACGAUGUGUUGGUGUCUGCUGGAUCGCCGUGACUCUCCUACUGACGGUGGUGACGGUGCUGACUCCAGCAUCGGAGGGCGUGGCGGUGGUAGCCCUACACGAGUAUCGGGCUUACCUGAUGGCAUGGCAGGAGAAGGCUGGCGGGAGCGCGGGAGUGUCUCUGUGUGGACUGGUACAACUCCUUACCACGCAGAUCGAGCUCAAUGCGACCGUCAUGCAUAUCUCCGCCAACAACGUCACUCUUGUCACUGUUGGUUUGCGCGAUUACGGGAUGAACAUGACGGUGAAAGUGAAUAACAAUGAACAAAGCGUAGGGACCUUCCUGGAGGGGAGAGCGUGGACCCCUGUGUGUGUAGGAGUGUGCCAACAGCCUGCCAAUGACACCCCGGGACGCCCCACAGCACCCACCACCGCGCCACACCACGCCUACGUUUACCAGGCGUGGGUGAGUGUUAGUGGGCACGUUACAACCUUGGGGGAGGUGGAGGUUUCAAGCAACGCCACCGUGUUGUGGGGUUACCAUCUGGGCAGCCAACUUUAUGACUACCAUUCCUUCAACGGGUUUGUAGCAGCUGUGUCUCGCAGUGCAUCCCUCAAUGAUCCCGCCCUUCUGCCCUCCUCCUGCCUCGCCAUGGUCCGGGUGGCGGAAGAUAUGAAGUCCCUAGAAUCCUGGAGGCGGUUUGGCAAUAUAUUCUUGGAGGAGAUGGAUGACACCGUGGUUUGUGAAGAGGAGGAGCUUGAUGUGACGCUAACAGGCCCGAUGGAUUACGAGAACUUUGACCGGCGGUGUCGGGGACUGGGUGGUCGGCUACUGACGCAGGACGAAAGGGAUCAGGGAAGGGAUAUGGAGGCAGGGCAGCUUCAGGAGGAGGAAAAAAUGGACCAGAAUAGCGAUAUAAAUGAAACAGGACUAGUGAAGAAGGAGGAAGUGGAUCAAGGCAAGCAGCUGUACACAUAUCUAUUCUCCGGUGACAGUGCUGAUCUCAAUAGCACUGCUCGCUGCACCGCACUAGUCGGAGAUAGCGUCACUGAGCUGCCCUGCGUGACUGACCUCCACUCUACCCUUUGUCGUGUGCCCGCCUCUCUCCUCUACACACUCUUCGGCGAUAUUGAAGGCUUUGAUCACCAUUACACCCUGAAGCUUGUCCCCGAGGGCUUUUUCUUCGAGGGCAGGGAUGGCUUGAGCAAUAUCAGCGAGGUGGAUGGGGCGUGGGUGCUGUGGUCCAGUCUGCACCACAGAAGAUGGAAUUUGAUGCACUCCUGGCCUAUGGGACGGAGGCAGUGGCGGUCACCACGGCCCGCCAUGAUCACUCCUCUCACUCUCUCUUCUUGUAAUUCCCUUGAGUUCUCCAGUAACGACGGUCUGUGUUACCUGAGUUACUUCCGCUGCGAUGGGCUCCUCCAGAUAACGGACGGCAGUGACGAGGAGAGCUGCCAUGUUCCUUUUUUUAUCCCCUCGGAUGACCAGAGGAGCUUCAACCCUUUCCCGGAGUUCAGCCGCUCAGAAGUGGAGUAUACCAUGGACAUCAUCAACAUCGGCAAAAUGACGUCACUGGAGGACAUGGCGGUGAUGGAGAUUCUGUUUGACUUUUCCUGGCACGAUUAUCGCCUCAAUUUCGUCUUUCACAACGAGCUGGACAACAUAUUCCCUUGCAUGCACGCGUGGACGCCGCAUGUGCUUGUGUUUGCUGGCUCCCCCGCAGGCCAGAUGAUCCAUAGCAAGUCUACCAGCUCCAAGUGUUAUGUUCGCUGGCACAACGAGGGGGAAACGCUCCGCCACCACCGCAACCUCACUGACCCAUAUAUGAGCAGGCAACCGGAGAAGAACGCGAAGAUCUGGAUAAGGAAAAAGGAGAGACUCCACCUCGCCAGCCCAUGUAACCUCAGACUUGACGCUUUUCCCUUCGGACAAUACCAAUGUAAAGUGAUGUUCGAACUCGGCACAGAUGAGCAAAUGAAGUGGGUACAAAAGACAGCCUUGGGAGACGACUACCAGCUGCACUACUCCGGGAAGUUAGAUCUUUAUGACUACAUGCUAGACAAGAUUACCGUUAGCACUCGUGUUCAUAGACUCACCCUCACUCUUUAUAUUUCAGGCCAGCCAGCUCACCAUGUUCUGAAUAGCUUUGCCCCGAGUGCCUUCAUGUUUUUAAUCAGUUAUUCCACCUUUUAUUUCCCUCUCACGGAUUUCAACGAGAGAAUCAUGGCCUCUCUGACUUCCCUUCUCGUGUUGGUUAGCCUAUCCGCCCAGAGUUCAGGAAAUUAUGUUAGAACACCCUAUUUAAAAGCGAUCGACUUAUGGUUUGUCUUGCUCAUCAUCUACUGUUUCUUGGUGAUCAUUUGUAACGUGGUGGUCAACGCUCUGUUGGUGAGAGAGAAUGAGAUGAAACCUAUUCUGGUGAUGAAGAUUAGCCCGUCGGGGUUUCAAGGGGAGAGGAAGAGGAGGUGUAGGUUUGGAUGCAUCUCUUCUCUUGCGUUCAACGCUAUGAGCCGUGUGAUGUUAUCGCUCCUUUUCAUUGCUACUCUCAUUGGUUAUUUCAUAAGAGCACUUGGGCUCCUUAAUCUUAACCUUAAUUUCUAGUUCUCGUGUCUGUGUGUUGAACUACUGGUAGAGAGAGAGUGUAGGUCCUAUAUGUUGUACAGUAGGUAGGCUAUCUCUCUCACCCCUCGUGGCUGUGUGUUACGGGAGAAAUGGUAUCAUAUUAACUCCUUCAGUACUGGGACGCUUAUUUACCAUGAGUUUUGGGAGUGAUUAGACGAUUUUAUCUACGUUACGAACUGUCUAUGGACAGAAGAUUAAUAGCCAGAGUCUCCACUAUUCUAAUCCCUACCUGAGUUUUUGAAGCUGUAUAAAGUCGCCAAAUAGUAAGCAGAAUGAAUAUGGAAGCGCGUCAUGGUACUGAAAGGGUUCAAGUCACGGCACCCUUCCUGAGACGCAACUAAUCGCUCUGACUGAAUUAAAAGUCUGUGAUCCUUUAUGCACUCUAGUUAUUGCGAUCGUAUAACACUAUUAGUACUCUAUCGUCUGUUGUGGAUGUCACAUGUAUUCCGUAGGAAAUGUGGCGUAGGAAAUUUGGCGCGCCGCUCUUCUGACGCCACCUCUCCGCAUGUUUUCAUACAUUACCGUCUUUUUCUUAUCACAUCACUCACCCCGAAUGGUUUUGUCCAACGAUAUUAGUUCAUUGUGGUUGUUAUUCUGGUAAGUGAUCUGAUUACAUGAAAAACAGUAUAAUAGAUGAUCUAUAUGUAUUCUAGCUCUUCAAGACGUAAAUUUGACACACUGUAAUGGGAAAGUACCUACUCGUAGUAAGUACUCGUUUCCUUAUAGACACCAAACUAUGUUGAAAUAUAUCGCAAAUCAACAGAAUUUCAGUUUUUCAUUAGUGUGACA